AUGACCCAAUUAGCUGUUCUCCACAGCCUAGGCGACUUGCUGGUCAACAGCCAACAUGGCCUUCUAAACCAUCGGGCCAUGACCGGCGACCCAGCCAGACCUUUGUUGCCUGAUGUGGUUAUUUGUUCCUCCUUGCUGGGAAUUGCGGUGCAGGUAGAGGCCCCAGUGGAAAUUGUUCGGCGUAUGUGGAGAGGUCCGGAGGAAGAGAAUGACAUACAAUCCGUUGACUUCGAAUUACCGAGAUGGUUGGGUAAACUUUAUACUCCUCGUGUGCAGUGGAUCAAUAUGGUCGUCUUAUCCUUAGGCGCCAGAAGGCGGAUAUAUUCUGGGGACACUAAAUUCAAUGGCCAUUCGAAGCGUUGCAGCUUUACUACAAGUGCUAGAACGGAUUUUGAAAUUGAGCUAGCAAGGGCGAGGGCCAUGAAUACUUGCAACUUAGUAUCGGUUACAUUGUGCGUGCCUACUGUCGUCUCACUGGUUAGACACUCCACAUCGCUUCCACGCUCAAAACACUCACCAACCUCUUCUAAGAUAGCCGCGCGCAUAUGCCGUUUUAACUUCGCAGGAUUUUUGUCUCAUUGGACGUUGACCUCGUGUGUUAUGUCGCAUUCCUGA